CCCUAGCACAGGGCCCAGGCAGCCAGGGCAUUCUGCAGCCAGCAAGCUGGGCACGCAGCCACCCACUUCCGCUGUGUCUGCUGAAGCCAAACCCAGCACGACGGGAGCCGAGCAGAGAGCGGGGAUCACGAGCCCUGGCCAGAGUGAGUGCGUGCGGCCACUGCCGAGUUGGCAUCUGGAGGACAUGGAGGAAAGGCCAGCAGAGACCAACGCCAGUGUGGACGACUCAGUGCCCCACUCGGUGGCCCAGCUGGCUGAGCGAUUCAGGGAGCAGGCAGCCGCUGCAAAGGAGACACCAGCCAGUAAACCAACAAGAAGGAAACUGCCCUGCUCCCUCUCUCUGUUCCUCCCCAGGGUAGAACUGGGCCAGAAUGGUGAAGAGAAGUCACCGCCCAAUGCAAACCACCCUCCUAAAGUCAAGGUGAAGAGCUCACCUCUGAUCGAGAAGCUCCAGGCCAGUUUAGCCUUUGAUCCAGCGACCCUGCUGCCUGGGGCCUCACCCAAGAGUCCCGGACUCAAGGCCAUGGUAUCACCAUUUCACAGCCAGCUUUCUACCCCCAGCAGCCGUGGCAUGUGGUCUCGGGCCAGCGAGCCACAGGAGGUGCCCAUCAGCUUUGACCAGCCUCCUGAAGGCAGUCAUCUGCCCUCUUACAGUAAGGUGCAGACGAGGGGCUCCAUAAAAAGGUGCCCUCCCUCCAGGCUAUUCAGAAGGUCCCAGUCGGAUUGUGGGGACCUGGGGGAGCUCAGGGCCAUGGAGUCCUCCCAGGAGAAUGGUGCCAAGGAAGAGAAUGGGGACGAGGUGUUCCCAGCCAAGAGCAAGACUCCAGGAUCCCCUCCUCUGAGGAGGACGCCCAGCAGGACAGAGAAGCAGGAGGAGAAGGGAAGGGCCUUGGUAGCCCAGCAGCACGAAACGGCCGUGGGGAACUCCGAGGAGGGGGCCAGCCAGCGUCCAGCCCGAGCCUCCAGCCCAGAGGCAGAGGACGGGUGUGGGAGCCCCACGGAGGAGAAACCGGCUGAAGAGCAGACGGAAGAGCCUACAGAGGUGAAGGAGAGGGUGGCCAGUGAAGAGGAGGAGCCCGGACAGAGGAGCCAAGACACAGAGGGGCUGGAGGAGGGAGCUGUGGGGGAGGAGACCCCCAAAGCCCAUCCUGGAGGAGGGGAGGGCGACCACAGUCCUGAGCAGGGGACUGGCAAGGAAAAGCAAGAUGAGGGGGCUGUCCUCGAGUCAGGCUGUGACCCUGGCACUGGCCAUGCCCAGCCAGACACUAGCAGUGAGGUUCCCAAGACAGAGGAUAACACCCCUGUCCAGGACACUAAAAGGUGAAGAAGAUCUCAUUGUGCCUAGUGAUGAAGCUUCUGGAGCUGUGUCCUUGAAGUAGCAGCAAUGAUCGUAGUGGCAGCAAAGGAAGCCAUCACAGGGACAGAAUGGCGUGAGGGUCUGGAGUCAGCCUGAGGACACAGGGUGCAAUUUCCCGACCUCUGCACCAUCGGAGACAGAGAUUGGA